AUGCCAAUGGAUGUUUUCUCUCUCACUUCAACUACCAUUCCCUCCACUCUCACACGUAGACACACUGCACCAGCUGAUAAACCUUCCCGUCAUCUCAAACUUUCCAAAUACUCACAUUUCAUCAGGUACCCUCUUAUCCCAACACUCACCAACAACAGAAUCUGCACUAGCAAUAGCCUAAGAGCUCAAGCUUCAGUUUCAACAAAAUCUAGUACUGCUGAGGGGAUUCCUGAGAAAACAGAUUCCAAGGAUGAUAAUCUAGUUUUUGUUGCUGGUGCUACUGGAAAAGUUGGUUCAAGAACAGUCAGGGAGCUUAUAAAGCUUGGUUUUAAAGUUAGAGCUGGAGUGAGGAAUGCUCAGAAAGCUGGUGCACUGGUUCAGAGUGUUAAACAAUUGAAGCUUGAUGGUGCAAGUGGAGGGGGUGAAGCUGUAGAGAAGCUUGAAAUUGUGGAAUGUGAUUUGGAGAAGCCGGAUCAAAUUGGAUCCGCUUUAGGGAAUGCAUCAACGGUGAUAUGUACUAUUGGUGCUAGUGAGAAGGAAAUUUUCGACAUUACUGGACCUUGUCGAAUCGAUUAUAGAGCUACCAAAAACCUUGUUGAUGCUGCAAGUGUUGCCAAAGUAAAUCACUUCAUAUUGGUUACUUCAUUGGGAACAAACAAAUUUGGGUUUCCUGCCGCUAUUCUCAAUUUAUUUUGGGGAGUCCUGAUUUGGAAAAGGAAGGCGGAAGAAGCAUUGAUAGCAAGUGGAAUUCCAUAUACAAUAGUGAGACCUGGUGGCAUGGAGAGGCCGACUGACGCUUACAAGGAAACGCAUAAUGUAACUCUAUCAACCGAAGAUACUUUAUUUGGGGGUCAAGUUUCAAACCUUCAGGUUGCUGAACUCAUGGCAACCAUGGCCAAGAAUCCCGAUCUUUCGUACUGUAAAAUAGUAGAGGUCAUUGCCGAGACAACUGCGCCACUGACACCUGCCGAAAAACUUCUUACAAAGAUACCUUCUCAACGCCCUUACAUUUCUUCGCCUAAGACGGUACAGAAAGCAGAUACAGCAAUUGUCAGUAAUACAGGUCCCUCUGCAAAUGUUGUAGCAGAAGUACCUAGUACUGCCCCUCCAAAAGAAACAGCACAACCAAAACCAGUGGCGAAAACGGAACAGCCACUUUCUCCUUAUACCGCUUAUGAUGAUUUAAAGCCACCAUCAUCUCCUUCUCCAACCAAGCCUAGUGAGAAGAAACAGAUAAACAUUAGUGAUGCAAUUCCAACACCUAUUUCUUCAGAUACUCCAAGUAGCAUUCAAGAAAUAGAUGGCGUUUCUCAGACAACAUCUUCCUCAAAAGGGAAGGAGUAUCUAUCUCCUUACGCAGCAUAUCCUGAUUUAAAGCCUCCUAGUUCACCAUCUCCGAGUGUACCAACUACAUCACUAUCGAAGUUAGAUACAGUAGUAUCAAGCAAUGGACCGGCUCAACUUUCUGUGGAAGAUACACCAAAGGAUGAUGGACAGCAGCACCUUCAUGAACCAAAGUCAAGACCACUUUCACCUUAUGCAAUGUAUGAGGACUUGAAGCCUCCUGCUUCACCAUCACCUUCCUUCAGAAAAUCCUAG